AUGGUCAAUUCUCAUAGUUAUCCAUUUCGGUGCGAAGAUGGAGAAGGUAAAUUCAUAGAAUUACAUUUAUCAUUCUCCGAACCCGAACAUCUAAUUACUCUGUCUUGUACCUACAAUUAUCACAAGUAUUUGUUUACUGAAGAAACAUCAUCUGUAAUUCAUUUUAAAUACUACAAAACAUGUUUGAUGAACAAUGCCAUUGAUUGCAAGGUUUCUGAGGACAACAUUACCUUGGUUGUGAAGGAGUGUUCUGAUAUUGGGUCCAGUGUCAAAUUUAUUCUUAACAAACAAGAAAGGGAUGCUGAUGAAAAAUUGAAUACCAUGUUAGAAGUCAUGAUGAAAGAUAUCGCACAAUUGAAGGGAAUGCUUUGGUUUACUGAUAGAGAUUUGAAUAAGUUCUCCGAGAAAUACAUUACCAAUUGGAAUAGUGUAUUUAUUAGAGUCAAUGGUUCACCUAUUCUAGGCAAAAUAUUCACAAAUACUUACUCAAAGAAAGAAUUUUAUGUUAAUACCACUGGUUGUAAAAUCAAAAAGGAUUCAAUCAAUUCUCCAUUAUUUAAAUCUUAUCGUGAAUCAGAUCUGGAACCUAUUAUCAUUUACUUUAAACAAAAAGUGGAUUUCUCAAGAAUUGAAAUUUCUGUUAGUGUUCAUCAAUCAAACAAUCAAGACUUGGUCAAGGUUUAUGUUUUUGGAGUAAUGAAACCUCAGGGAGUGAUUAGAAAAUUUGACAUUGAAUUAAUUAAUGAAAAUCUAAGCUCUCAUUACCAAGAGCCAAAGGAAGAUUGGUUUAUUAUGCCUAAAUUGGAGAAGAUUUCAGAACAAGAGUGUAAGCUAAAUGGAUUAGUUUCAAUUCAUUUCGAUUCGAAUAACGCAUAUGAUGGAAUUGGAAUUGCAGUAAGAAACCAACGAAACGAUAUGUUCAACUACACCAUUCCUCUUUUAAGAAUAUAUUAA